AAUCACUUUCCAAUUCCCAAUUCGCAAUCACGCUUCCAAUUCCGUUCUCUAGCUUUCUCUGUUCUUCAUCUUCUUCGUCUUCUCUUCAGUAAUCUCUCUGUUUUUGUCAUCGGAAUCCAUGGCGGAGGUUCAGAUGGGAGAGACCGAGACGUUCGCUUUUCAGGCUGAGAUCAACCAGCUUCUCAGCCUCAUCAUCAACACUUUCUACAGCAACAAGGAGAUUUUCCUUCGUGAGCUCAUCAGCAAUGCCUCCGACGCAUUGGACAAGAUCAGAUUUGAGAGUUUGACGGACAAGAGCAAGCUAGAUGCUCAGCCCGAGCUCUUCAUUAGGCUUGUUCCUGACAAGGCCAGCAAAACUCUCUCAAUUAUUGAUAGUGGAAUUGGCAUGACCAAAGCUGAUUUGGUGAACAAUUUGGGUACGAUUGCAAGGUCUGGAACGAAGGAGUUCAUGGAGGCAUUGCAGGCUGGGGCUGAUGUCAGCAUGAUCGGGCAAUUCGGUGUCGGGUUUUACUCGGCUUACUUGGUAGCUGAGAAAGUUAUUGUGACAACCAAGCACAAUGACGACGAGCAGUACAUCUGGGAGUCACAGGCUGGGGGGUCUUUCACAGUCACCAGGGACACGGAGGGAGAGCAGUUGGGCAGAGGAACCAAGAUCACACUCUUCCUCAAGGCGGACCAGUUAGAGUACUUGGAGGAAAGGAGACUGAAGGACCUUGUGAAGAAGCACUCUGAGUUUAUCAGUUACCCCAUUUAUCUUUGGACGGAGAAAACCACUGAGAAGGAGAUCAGUGAUGAUGAGGAUGAGGAGAUCAAGAAGGAAGAGGAAGGAGAUGUUGAGGAUGUCGAUGAGGAGAAGGAGAAGAAAUCGAAGAAGAGGAAGGUUAAGGAGGUGAGUCAUGAGUGGCAACUCGUCAACAAGCAGAAACCAAUUUGGCUAAGGAAGCCUGAGGAGAUCACAAAGGACGAGUACGCUUCGUUUUACAAGAGCCUCACCAAUGACUGGGAAGACCAUCUCGCCGUUAAGCACUUCUCUGUCGAAGGGCAACUUGAAUUCAAGGCUAUCCUUUUCGUUCCCAAGAGAGCCCCAUUUGACCUGUUUGACACCAGGAAGAAGACGAACAACAUCAAGCUCUAUGUGCGCAGAGUGUUCAUCAUGGACAACUGCGAGGAGCUCAUUCCCGAGUACCUCGGAUUCGUGAAGGGUGUGGUGGAUUCUGAUGAUCUGCCUCUCAACAUCUCUCGUGAAAUGCUGCAACAAAACAAGAUUCUCAAGGUUAUCAGGAAGAACCUCGUCAAGAAAUGCAUUGAGAUGUUCAAUGAGAUUGCUGAGAAUAAAGAAGACUAUGCUAAGUUCUAUGAUGCUUUCUCAAAGAACUUAAAGCUGGGUAUUCACGAGGACAGCCAGAACAGGGCCAAGUUGGCUGACUUGCUCAGGUACCACUCCACCAAGAGCGGCGAUGAGAUGACCAGCUUGAAGGACUACGUUACAAGGAUGAAGGAAGGCCAAAAAGACAUCUACUACAUCACUGGUGAAAGCAAGAAGGCCGUUGAGAAUUCCCCAUUCCUGGAGAGGCUGAAGAAGAAAGGCUAUGAAGUUCUCUACAUGGUUGAUGCCAUCGAUGAGUAUGCUGUCGGCCAGUUGAAGGAAUACGAUGGGAAGAAGCUCGUGUCCGCAACGAAGGAGGGACUUAAGUUGGAUGAUGAGACGGAAGAGGAGGAGAAGAAAAAGGAGGAGAAGAAGAAGUCGUUUGAGAACUUGUGCAAGACAAUCAAGGACAUUCUAGGAGACAAGGUGGAGAAAGUUGUGGUAUCCGACAGAAUUGUGGACUCACCUUGUUGUUUGGUUACAGGGGAAUAUGGAUGGACAGCCAACAUGGAGAGAAUCAUGAAGGCUCAAGCUUUAAGGGACAGCAGCAUGAGCUCUUACAUGUCUAGCAAGAAGACAAUGGAGAUCAACCCUGACAAUGGCAUUAUGGAGGAGCUCAGAAAGAGGGCUGAGGUCGAUAAGAACGACAAGUCAGUGAAGGACUUGGUUCUCCUGCUUUUCGAAACUGCGUUGCUGACCUCUGGUUUUAGCCUAGACGAUCCAAACACAUUUGCCUCAAGAAUUCACAGAAUGCUGAAGCUGGGUCUUAGCAUUGAUGAGGAUGAAGCCGGAGCUGAUGACACCGACAUGCCACCAUUGGAGGAGGCUGGAAACGAGGAGAGCAAAAUGGAGGAAGUUGAUUAAAAAUUGAGAGGCACUGCAAGGAUGCAACAAGAUUGAUCAGAUAUGUGUAGAGUCAUGUCUGAAAUGGUCUGAGUCCUUGGUGGGCUUUUUGUUAAAUAUGGAGAGUCGUCUUUUUUCUUUGAUUAUGUGGGGUUU